UGAUAGCUACCUACAUAUUCACAAACAACAUCACCUCUGAAUUUUUUUCGUUCUGUAAGUCAAUAUGGUCAGUCCCUUCCAGACCAUUGUUAGCGCAUCAUGAAACGAAAACAGCGCAGAUAUAGAACUACGUUCAAUUCACUACAGCUGCAAGAACUGGAAAGAGCAUUCCAAAGAACCCAUUAUCCAGAUGUAUUUUUCAGAGAGGAGUUGGCAGUCAGAAUUGAACUUACAGAAGCACGUGUUCAAGUGUGGUUUCAAAACCGUCGCGCAAAAUGGAGAAAAAAUGAAAAGGGAUCAGUUGGGGACGAAGGUGAAAGUGAAAUUAAUGUACCUACAAAUACGAGUAAUCAGGCAGGUCCGUCACGGACAGCAUCAGAAAAACAAGUGGGGACCAGCAACAACAACUAUGACAGCAUUUCACAAAACAUCAAUCUAGGCAAUUUGCAAAUGAACUUGCACGACAAUGCGUCACAGGUGUCCAAUUUUGAUCAAGAUGGGAAAAUUUCGCAUGGACAAAUGUCCCCCGGGCGCUUAUCGCCCAAUCUGUUUUUAAAUUUGAACUUUGAUCACAUCAACCCAAUUGAUGGUCGUGGAGGAAAUUUGACGUUUGAAUGGAAUAGUUUCCCUCCAACUAUCACCGGAAAGGAAAGUGUUUCUUUUUCAAAUACCCUCACGGAUAUGAACAAUACUUUAAGCUCUCCUAUCGCUUCGGUUAGUGGUUCAUCUUCAUCAAACGUGAAUAACGGAUUGCAGUUUCUGAACAUUAGCAGUUUAGUAUGUUCAUCACCUCCAUCCUCUUCGUCAGUAUAUGACGAUGAAAUGAAGUUCCUCAACGUCGAUCAGUUCAAUAUGGAUAACUUUAAGAGUGAAUCGUUGUUUAACCUGGAUCAAAGUUCAUUGACAUCGAAUGAUCACCAAAGCACGCUUCACAAUUCAUCAUACCAAACACAAUUACAAAUGAUAAGUUCUGUUUGUCAUCAUGACGAAAAAUCACAUCUUAGUUUAGAUCUACAUAAUUUUAGCCUUAACGCUCAUGGGUCUGAAAAGUCAGACAAAUCACCCUCUGAGUUAUUAGACUUAGAAAAGCCAAUCAACAUUAACAUUAACGUGAACAAUUUAGAUCACUUGGAUGAUGAAAAGUACUAAACAAUUUAGUAAGAAUCGCUGAUCGAAACAAUGAAUUAGCUGUAAUCAAUUAUUCAUUGAACAUUACAAACUGUGCCAUUUGUAAUUUUUUCUAGUUAAUUUUUGUUUUGAAAUAAACCGUAGUUACCACAUAGCCAACAGAGCGAUUGGUAAAAUUGUUAA